UUCUUCUUCCUUUCUAUUUUCAUUUUCUCUCUGUUUCCCUCCAUGAAAUGGGACAUGGAGAUCGAGGAAAUCGAGGUUAUCCUCGAGAAGAUUUGGGACCUUCACGACAAGCUCAGUGAAGCAAUUCACUCAAUUUCCCGACAUCACUUCCUCACCUCCACCAAAAAUCUCAGGAAAUCGGACAACAAGGAUUCCAAGACCCCCAAUGGCGUACCCGACACUGCCGCCUUCCCUUUCAUCAACGAAUUUCGUAAUGACCUUGAUGAUUCUGCCACUCAGGAGGCUAGAAGCCUAAAUGCCAUUCGAACUGCGCUUGAGAAUCUCGAAGAUCAGCUCGAGUUUUUCCAUACCGUGCAAGUGCAACAGCAGGUUGAGAGAGAUGCUGCAAUUGCACGACUAGAGCAAAGUAGGAUUGUUCUUGCAAUGAGAUUGGGUGAUCAUCAUGGCAAGAACUAUAAAGUCAUCAAUGAAGCUUUAGCGUUUGUUGGAGAUGUGCGUUAUGCAGCUAACUAUAAUUCACAUGAAAAUCAAUAUGGUCAGAAGCCUGUGCCAAACAGUUCAAAGAGAUCUAAUACUCUGAUCAAAAUGCUACUCUCAUCUCUCAACUUUGCAAGGACAUCCCUCAAAAUGGAUCAUGUGAGCGGGGCACUUGGCAAUGCUGCCAUGGUUGCGAUUAGCAUGCUUGCAUUUCUGCAUCUGCACCAGGUGGUAGCAUACAAGAAGCCACAGCUUGAGAGACAUGAUAUUCCCUUCAACAGAAACCUUCCAAGAACUUCACGGCUCCAGGAGUCUUCCCCAAAUGAAGAUUUCAGCAACUUUGACGUGUUAUCCGCAAGGGGUUAGUGUGAAUAUUCUAAACUUAUCAAGCUUUGGUGCAUCUCAUAUGAGUUCCAUUAAAUGUCAGCGAGUCAAAUAUGAUAAUGUCUGGUGUAUGAAAUUUUUUCGAUUGAUUUGUUAGAAGAUUCUUCAUCAUUCUUGAGUUUGGAUAGAGUUUUAAACCA